UCCCAGCUGUCUUAAUGACAUUUCUUGACAUGCUUGGGUAAACGACCCCAAGGUUUAACCCCCCCCACGCCCCUCUCCACUGCAGGCGUGUGCCAACACGAGUACGGCUUUGGAAACCAUGACGACUGUCGAUGGAGCAUCUCGUGCUCAGCCAAGCGAACAGUUGAUAAAGAAGCUUGAGGGUUCAUCACCGCCACCAACUGGAUUGGAGUGAAAACGUAAGUCAGUCAGUCACUCACACCUACUGUAUUUUUCUUUGUUUUCAAUUUUGACUUGAGCCAUACAGAAUGAAAAAAAAAAACAAUAUAAAGAAGUUACAAACAAUAAAAACAAAUACAAAAUUAAAGCAAGGGCAGCGUUUUAUGCUGUGUUGAAAGCCAAGGAAUAAUUAAAAAAAUAAAAUAAAAUCACAAGUGGCAAAAGUCCUCACAUUCUGUACUUAAGGAGAACUAUAGAUCAUGUGCAAACUCAAGGCCCGGGGGCCACAUUCGGCCUGCCACACCAUUUUAAGUGGCCCGCAAAAGAAAAUUGUAUGAUUCUUGCUAAAAUCUGUACCAACAUUUCAAAUUGUUGUAUGUAAUAAUAACAUUGAGAUAUUACAGGUAUAUUACAAGCAUUUAUUAUUAUUAUUUUUUUUUACCAAACCCAUUGUUUUACAGUAUCUUGAUAAGUAGUUGAACAGACAAAGGACUUCUGUUUUCAAAUAGAGUUAUCCAUCAAUUUGUUGUGUGGACCGGGCCAGACCAUGAAUAGCAAAAAAUCACAGAUAACUGAUGCCCAUUUUGGGAAAAAUUAUUUUAAGAAAACUGAAAAAAAUAAAAUAAAAAAUCAGCGAGUAGGUAAAUCUGCAGGUCCCAAACCAUGAUAUGUGGGGGUCCACUGAUUUAUAGUGAGGCUAUGAAACAUUUAUAUGGUUUCAAAGUCAUAAAAGCCCUCUGAGGGGAAUUGUACCAACAAUGUGGCCUGUAACAAAAAUGAGUUUGAUACUUGUAUAUAUACUUGUGAAAAACAAAAAACACUGAUAAAAGUAAAAAAAAAAAAAAAAAAAAGUUACCGCUCAUGUGUUUAUGUAAAAGUAAAAAAAGUGCACCUUUUGAACUGAACCGAGUAACAAAAAAAAAUGCUAAAUUCACUAAUGACAACAACUGAAAUAAUACAUCUUAUGUAUACUGUAUGUUUUACGUAUAUAUUACACUUCAAGCAAUGGCAUAUUGGUCAGCACCAACGUUGGUUAGCGAGCCCGCUAGCAGCUGGCUACUGCUAGUGGGCUCGCAGAUCGCUCCCUCCGCUGCGUCGUGUGUGGGUCCGCACAGUAACGAUACUGUAGCCCAAAUAACACAUAACACUUCUGGGAAGAUGCAUUUUUGGCAUAGCAUGCUAGUUAACUACAUGCUCUAGUCGCAGAAAUUGGCCAAUUUAUUAUUAGUGCCGACUAAUAAGUAAGUGAGUACUUGGGCUAAUUUCUAACCCUGUCCCAAAAAUCCAGACAAGUGAAAUGGUGAAAAAGAGUUUAACAUGAUAGCUUAACACGAUAGCUCCACAAUUUAAAUUGUUCUCAUUCUUUGCACACAUUUCAGCACUUACCUUCAAACAUAUUCAAUGUAUUUACAAGCAAAUCACAGCAAUCCCUUCACAGGGUCUUUAAAACAUACACCUUUGUAAAUGGGAAGCUGUACCAUGUGUUUCUGUGUAACAGAGAAAACUAUUUUCUUGCUCAAAUGUUGAAAAAUAACUACAAAAACUGUCAGUUGCCAGGUCGGCAUUGCAAAUGGAAAUCUGUUCUCAAUUUCCUUACCUGGAUAAAUAAAUGUUAAAUUAGAAAUAUAGAUAUAUUGCUAGUUUUUAAAAAAAAAAUAUUGUUAGGUCUUUUUGGGGGUGAAGUUGCUAGGGUGGUCUGCCUGAGAAGUUGCCGAUCUAGCAAUAACAGUGCUAAAUUGAGUCAAUGAUUGGACUAUAUAUUUCAACGUUCGUUCUUAUUUAAAUCACAAAAAAAGUUACUGUAAAAUGGGUUCGGGGUGCCCCGGUGUUGAAAGAUUGGUAAAAACAUCGCCCCACCUAUGAAUGCUGCCCUCGAUUUUAAAGCAAGCGCACCAUUAAAUGGCAUUCAAAUGUUUUCCAGCCAAUCAGAGCGCAGAAUGAAGGCAGCGCUGUCGUUUGAAUACACUGCGGAAAAGAGACGAGGCAGGCAGACACUUUCCACCCAAGUAGAGAAAGUGUGUACAGGGCGGAGGCGAUGUAGUCAGCAAGCAAAUUAAUUACGUCGGUACGAUUCAAAGCGGACGAUGCUUCAGACGUCUAAAGUGGGAUAAUAAUAUUGAAAAUAAUUUGUCUUUACGACGUAAAUGUUUCUCUGUGGCUGGCUAACGUUAGCUAGGUGACCGACUUGCUAGCCACUUGCGAUCUCCUCAUGUAAACUCGUUGACUAGUUGGGGAAAAAAUAUUUUGGACUAAGAAACCCUCUUAGUUUUUAUUUUUAAUUUUUUUAUUUUUUUAAACUUGCUCUUCUUGUUUGCAAAACGUGAUUGUAAAUUUGUGCGUGUUAAUGAAUUACACGGAACGAUGACUUAGCGACAGUUUGUAUAAUAAGACAAAGGAGUUUCCUGGUUUUUGUGAGGUGGUGAACGUUGUAUUUAGCGUGCAAUUCAAGCAGGGUAGAAAGCUAAAAUGAUGGUCGAGGAGAGAAGUUUGGUUCGCCUAGUGGCUGUGCAACAUCUCCGGACAGCGUUUGGGAUCAAGGCAAAGAACUGGAACAAAAACAAAGCAGCCAGUUGUAAGUCAACAGCAACAACCAACUCGACAAAGGUAUUUGGAGUACCAUUGGAGAGUUUACCGUAUUAUAACAUGGCACGUGGGAGAGUGCCAAGCUUUCUGGUGGAUGCAUGCAUGAAGUUGCAGGCGCAUGUCGACACGGAGGGCCUGUUCAGAAAAUCGGGCUCUGUUGUUCGAUUGAAAGGCCUUCGGACUAAAGUGGAUUCGGGUGAGGAGUGCCUGUCUGCCGCGUUCCCCUGCGAUGUGGCUGGCCUGGUGAAGCAGUUCUUUAGGGACCUGCCAGAACCUGUGUUACCCACCGAGCUGCAGGAGGCCUUCCUCAAGGCCCAGCAGCUUCCCACCAAGGAGGAGCGCACCUCCGCCACAAUGCUGCUCUCUUGUGUCCUGCCUGACCGGAGCCUCAGUGUCUUGUGCCAUUUCUUUGACUUCCUCCAAAAUGUCUCGAAGAGGAGUGCAGAGAAUAAGAUGGACAGUGCCAAUUUGUCUGUAAUCUUGGCUCCCAAUCUCCUCCACUGUGGAGAAGGUACAGAGAAGAUGAACACCAACACAGAAAAACGCAUCAGACUGCAGACAGCUGUUGUUCACUGCUUCAUAGAGCAUGCUCACAACUUUGGUGCACUGCCACCGUUCCUUGAAGAGAAGGUUUCAGCCAUGAUGCACCGUGACCCAGCAAUUUUGUCGCCUGCAUUCAUUGAGCUUCAGGAGGUAGACCAAAACUCAGGGAGGAGGCGGAGACACGGGCACAGUCUCGGAGUAUUUUCUUCUGCCACUCCUGUGAUUGUGACCCCAUCCUCCAAGCGAAAACUGCCUCUAGAUUCCGCUCCUUCUUUUGGAUUCUCAAACAAGAAACGUAGAUCUGUCAAGAAGAAUCUGGGGAUGGAAUUGCUUCCCAGUUCCUUGUUCAGCGGCACCUCCACCCCUGGAUCAGCUUGCAGUGCGUCAGGGGUGUUGGAUUCGCCCCAAAGUACUCUUUCCUCGGCUGGGAAGUCUCUAAGGCACUCAGACGCCUCGGCAAGGAGAAAGAGCAGACGACCGAGCAGCAGACGUGUAGUCCGCAGAGUUGAAUCUGGAAGAGCCGGCUGCUUUUCUCCCAAAGUCGACAAAAAAGAAGCAGCACACAAGUCUCUGCGCCAGCGUUUCAGCUUGGGGAGGAGCUGCAAAGAUGCCGGAUCUGGGUCCAUAGGUUGGCGACUUGCCACCCAGGAGAGCACCACCGCUUUCUGUUUGACCAGAGAGACCGCCACGUUCAGUGCAUCGCUUCUGCCCAGAAUUGCUCAAUCCAACAGUUCCCAUUUUAUAAGCAAGUCUGAGGACAACUUGCUGUCCCCCCAGUGUGAGCCGGGCGCCCGCCGCACCUCGUGGAGCGCAGAGGCCCCUGGAGGAUCCCGGCUCUUUAGCCCCGAUACACAUCUGAAGAACCAUCGCACGUCGGAACCCGCCAUUGUCGUGUCCAAACCUGCGACUGGGUCCGGCCUCCCUCAAAAGUUGUGUCGCGCUUCCAGUGCGGAGAGCCUGGAAAGCGAGUCGGCCGUUUCCGAAGCCUCGAGCCGAACGGUAGCGUCUGAGAACGCCCUCGGAACUCUGACACACGAGACGGCGAAAGCGCAGCCGUCAGACGCUACCCCGCUCCCUCUGCCGACUGAGGACACGCGCAAGUUCCCGAGUCAUAAUGAGCUAAAUAUGACCUUUGACUCGGAAGCCUUAUCACCUCUGCAUAUUGAUAGUACAGUUUUAAGUUCUUCUGGGAGUUGUCGUCCAGCGCCGGGAGCCGUCGGCCACGAUAGCUUCGCGACGGGUGGAAGCGACGACUCGGCCGAGCGGCUUCGCUGGAGUAGACCGGUUGGAGCUCUGGAGUCCAGCGUGCGGAGUCCAGCGCGCUUCAGACUUGGUGUCUCGCCAGGACCGCGGUCCACUCCCUAUACGCCACGCCUUGAGCUGGCAGCUGAACUGAGCGCAGCUGGCAUCGGUAAAGCACAUCGCAAGCACGUGUCUUCUCCAGAAGCCGGUCCCCAAAUCCAACAGCCGCACCAGCCCCGUGUGGCAGACCACAUUCAACAUUUCAACAAACUCACCCUGAAGUCUCCCAAAGGCGCCAAGGCCAAACACGUCAGGUCGCCGCUGAAGUUCCAGCGCACCCCCGUGAGGCAGGCGGUCCGAAGAAUUAACUCGAGCCACGGAGCGACUAGGCUACCUGCCGGAAAUUCGGACACGGCCCACGCUCGAGGCAUCAACGCCGUGAAAGCCGUCAGCCUGGAGAGCGGCCUGUCCCCGCGCCCGCCGCCCGAGGGAGCUCGUCCGCUGGUUCCGAAGAGACCGCGCCCCGUCCCGGCCAAAAAGCCGAACACCCGGGCCGCUAAAAGCGAGGCUUUUGCUCUCGGCGACGUGACCAACGAGGUCCCAAGCGGGAGCGACGUGGACUCGUCUGUCGCCGAUGCGGCAGGCGCUCGGGAGGCCUUUUCGCCGCAGCUUGCGGAGAUUGAAGCGCGGCGUGACCGAGGGUCACCCAGAGACCCUCUGAACCGACCAAGACUGCUGCCGGCCACCAAGCCUGUUGACUUGUAG